ACCAACUACUAGGUAGGUAGGUACUAACUAGGUAACUACGUAGGUAACUACAUAGGUACACUAACUAUGUCUCCUACAUGUCUGCAUAAUAAUAUACAGACACUCGGUGCACAACCUGGUCUGCAGGAUCUGUGCACGGUCGCGUAUUGCCAAAAAUCUCUCAUUCAGUCUCAAUAAUAUAUAGUGCUAAUACUCAUAAUACUCAUAAUGCCGAAGACCCACCGGUGAUCGCGCCUUGAUCUGAUAAGCGAGUCCGGUUACCGUACAGUACACGGUGGGGGAGUCUUUUCCACCUUAUAUGAAUCAGGUUCCAGAGACAAUAAUUUCCUCUCCCCGAGCUGUUUCCUCCUCCUCACUGCUAGAAACUCUCCCCUCACGUCACAUCAUGGCUCUCCGCCGCCUGCAGCAGACGCUCGCGCACGUCAACCCCGCGACCACAGCUCCGGCGCCUGUCGAUGCCACCCCCAGAGUGUCUCUGGUCCAUGGCCCAACCACGCCGCCGCUGCUCGACAUCACACUGGGCGAGCUGUUGACGUUACAAAGCCUUCGCUUUGCAGACCACGAGUGUCUGGUAUUCCCCUGGACAGGCGCGCGCUGGACCUACGCCCAGCUGAAGGAGGAGGCCGACCGGCUGGCCCGCGGCCUGCUGGCCUCAGGCAUCCAGCGCGGCGACCGGGUCGGCGUCAUGGCGGGAAACUGCGAGCAAUAUAUUUCGCUCUUCUUCGCUGCAGCCAAGGUGGGAGCCAUCCUGGUCGUGCUGAACAACACCUACACGCCGUCGGAGCUUUAUUACGCCUUGAAUCAUACAGACUGUCGCCUUCUCUUCCUCACUCCCACCAUCGGUCGUCACUCGCUUCUCGACGUCCUGGCCACGCUCGGCCCCCAACCGAAACAGAACGGCCGUUCCAAGGCUCUGGAGGAGAUUGUCAUUCUGCGCGGCGAACAUGACGGCUUCCCCAGUUACCGACAAGUCGUCGAUCGCGGCAAUUCACUGCCUGCGCAUGCGCUGGCAGACCGGGAGACCGAAUUGCGCCCGCACGACGUCUGCAAUCUGCAAUUUACCAGUGGAUCGACGGGCAAUCCCAAGGCAGCUAUGCUGACUCAUUAUAACCUGGUGAAUAAUUCUCGGUUCAUCGGCGACCGCAUGAAACUCACCUCGUUCGAUACGUUGUGCUGUCCGCCUCCCCUGUUCCACUGCUUCGGUCUUGUGCUCGGUCUGCUCGCCGUCGUCACGCACGGUUCCAAGAUUGUCUUCCCCAGCGAGACCUUUGAUGCCCGCGCCGUCCUGCACGCCAUCUCGGAUGAGCAAUGUACCGCCCUGCACGGCGUGCCGACCAUGUUCGAGGCGAUUCUGUCGCUCCCGAAACCUCCCGGCUGGGAUGUCUCGAAUCUCCGGACGGGUAUUAUUGCGGGGGCGCCCGUUCCUAGGCCGUUGAUGAGGCGGCUACUUGAUGAAUUGAACAUGCGAGAAUACACGAGCAGCUACGGCCUCACUGAAGCAUCUCCUACUUGCUUCAACGCCCAUACGACAGAUAGCAUCCACACACGGCUUACCACGGUCGGCACCGUGCUGCCGCACGCCCGCGCCAAGAUCGUCGACGCGGAAGGCCGCAUCGUCCCUCUGGGCCAGCGCGGCGAGCUCUACAUGGCCGGAUACCAGUUGACCAAGGGAUACUGGAACAACGCGGAGAAGACGGCCGAGACGCUUGUGCGAGACGAAGAGGGCACGCUGUGGCUCAAGACGGGCGACGAAGCCUCGUUCAAUGAACACGGCUACUGCACCAUCACAGGGCGAUUCAAAGACAUCAUCAUCCGAGGCGGCGAAAACAUCUACCCGCUCGAGAUUGAAGAACGGUUAACCGCCCACCCGGCCAUCACGGUCGCCGCCGUGAUCGGCAUUCCCGAUGAGAAAUACGGCGAGGUGGUCGGCGCCUUUCUCCAGAUCGCGCCGGGGGCCACUCGCCCGACCGACGAGGAGGUCCGUGACUGGACGCGCGAGACGCUGGGGCGACACAAGGCGCCGCGCCACGUGUUUGUGUUUGGCGAGGAUGGUGUCAGUGAGACGGUACCAAUCACGGGCAGCGGCAAGGUCCGCAAGGUCGAUCUACGGGCUGUUGCGGAGCGGGUAUUGAAGAGAGAAUAGGAAGAGGAUUAAGAUGACUAGGGGGGUGGUAGUACCUAGCAGUUUCAUGGCGGGUAAUAUGAGAGGAUUC